CUUAACGGAAGAAGUUUUUCAAUCCAUAGUUAACAGUUUAAUGCUAAUGAGGAUUAAGACAUUGAGAAUUCUAGGCGAAGAAGUCUAUGGAAGUGCCCUGUUAUUUCAAAAAAAUUGGUCCGUAUCUAAAAUAUUUGGAGAUAGAAAUCAAGAAGAUUCUGCGAGGAAAAAGGUCUUUGAAAGCAUCGCGAAUCAUUGUGAUAAGAUCGUAUUCCUUAAAGUUGAAUUACUUAAUUAUAAGUACAUCUCUCUAUUUCACCAAUAA